AUGGCUCCGCGCCGCUCACGAGCAGCACCCGUCAGAGUGACACUUAGAACCAAGGCUAACUUGUUGGAGCGAAAAAUCAAAGUUGUCACUGAGCAACAAAUCAUCGACAAGCCGUCACCCGUAGAGGCGUUCCCCAUGCGAGAAUGGAGCUUGAAGGUCUUCUUGCUAGAUGAAGAUGGCAACGAGCGCCCCGCAGACGUCUUCACCAAAGUCGUCUAUAAUCUACACCCUACCUUUGAUAAUCCCGUUCAGAGCUUCCAGAAAGCACCUUUCACGUGUAAGAACGAGGGCUGGGGCGAGUUCGAGAUUAGUAUCGACUGUUACACCACGGAGAAGACCAAGCUAGCGCCCAUCAUUCAUGAUCUCAACUUCCAGCAGGAACGAUAUGAGCAGACGCACACUGUGGUCUUCAAAAACCCUUCACAGAACUUACAGGAGCGGUUGCGUGAAACGGGUCCCCUUCCCACCGAUGAAGACCACAGGCCCAAGAAGAAGGGACUCGCGACCAAGAAGAGCUCCCAGAAGUACGACUAUGAGAAGAUUGCAGAGUCCCUGGAGAAGCUCGAGGAGGAGGAUCUGCUGCGCGUGAUUCAGAUUAUCAACGAAAACAAGGGACCAGACACGUACAUAAGAAGUGAUGUCGAAGCCGGAGAGUUCUCGAUUGAUCUCUACACUAUGCCGGAUGGCUUGACGUCAAAGCUUUGGGAACACCUUUCCAAGAAGGGCCUUGUCGGCUAG